GCAGAAUCCGAGAAGAAAAGAGAAAGUAAUGGGAAAAAAGAGAGAGAAAGGAUUGUCCAUGCCAAACCAAAUGUCUGUCGAUUAUAUGCAUCGUUCAAGGUCGGGCGGCUGAGACGAAUCUGUCGCCGCCCUGGAAGCUUCCAUUUGAGCUAUUUUUUUUUCAGAGAACUGGACCAGUACAUUGCAGAGGUUCUUCGGAAGGUGAAGGUAUUAGAGAAUCCAUCCUACCUGAGGGAAGAAAUCAAAGCACUGGAUGCAGAUCGAGUGAAAGCCGAGUCUUUAAAAUUUUUUCUUCAAUCUAGUGAUAGAAGGAACGAUCUUGAAGUAAGACGAAGGAUUGCUUGCGUGAAUCAAUGGCUGAAUCAGAAGACGGAGAUUGUUAAAAGUGGAGACUCGGAGUCAAAGGGGUAUGUUUUGGCUAAUUUAUUAGCUUGCGUGUGGUCAAAACCAGUCUGCUAUUUUCUGCAGAAUAGCAGGGGAGAUGAAAACAUUGCAGAAACUUAUCACUCGUUUUCUUUUCUUUCUCUCGUUCAUCUCCAGAGCAUCCACGGGCGCACACACACACACAUAUAAGCCACCACAUCGCAGCCUUACAUUUGUUCAUCUUCAUCACCUUUUAAUCUAACUUAAGAUUAAAUAGCUGUCACCCUAACUUAACUAGUUACAGCAUAUUAACCUUAACAGCAUGUUUACUGUGAAUUAUGUUGAGAUAUAUCUUUAUUAAUGACGAGCAAUGUUAAUCUUUUACUCUGAAUCCAUCUUAUCAAUUGCUAUGAAGAUUUUUUUAUGUUUAAAGCAACAAAUAAUCUGUGCCUGUUGUCGAUGAUAGCUGUGAUGAUCCAGAAACCCUUCGCGAACUCUUCACGUGGAUCGAGUCAGAAACUAAGCUUCCAAUCGUUUUUAAGUGGCCAAAAAAUGGAAAAGAAACUGUUUUCUUCAUCAUGCCGGGGCUUGUUUUGAUAUGAUUGUUAUGGACUAUUUAAUGCCCAUCAUGAAUGGAAUUGAGUCUCUCUCUCUUAAAAUCAAGAAACCAUUGAUUCAUCAACGGAGCCUAUGAUGACAAGUCGCAUUUCAGACGAGGAAGAUAGCACUCAAAUCGAACAAACCAUUGAUUCAUCAAUGGUUGUCGAACCAAUAACACCACCAACGGAGCCUACGAUGACAAGUCAAGUUUCAGAUGAGGAAGAUAGCGCUCAAACUGAACAAGAAAUUCAGGCUUUGUUUUCUAUACUGGAUAAUUACAUCACAAAUUUGGAAGGAAAGUUGACCGAUGCCAAGUCAUCCAAGGCAAAAAUUGAAGCACUUCUUGAAAAAGUAAUUCAAUUGCUGAUUGAUGUACUCAAGAUCAAAGCAGAAGAUGGUGAGGAUAAAUGGUUCAUAAAGAGGGAUGGAAUGGUGGCUCCGUCCUAUCUUACAAGAAACAAUACUGAUCUUCAGCAAAUUCAGUUUCUAGUUAGAAAACUGGAUCGCUACAUGGCAAAGGUGGAUCAAGAGCUGCAUGUAUUAGAGAAUAUAUCCUUCCUGAGGGAAGAAAUCGAUAGAGAUCGAGAAGAAGCCACGACUUUGAAACUUACUCUUGAAAUUUGUGAUACAAGGAACGAUCUUGAAGUGGGAUCGUUGGUUACUUAUGCGAACCAAUGGCUGAAUGAUCAGAAGACACAGAGUGUUGAAAGUGUAGACACAAGGGGCAACAAUUUCUCGGUACUUGUUGUCCAUGACAGUCGUGAUCUUCGAGAAACCCGCCAGAGGCUCUUGGUGUUGCUUGGGUAUCAAAAGAAGCUUCAAAUGGAUGUUUCAGUGGCCAAAAAUGGAAAAGAAGCUGUUUAUCUUCAUCUUGCCGGGGCUUCCUUUGAUAUGAUUAUUAUGGAUGACCUGAUGCCCUUCAUGGAUGGAAUUGAGGCAAUAAAUCUGUUACGCAGGAUGGGUGUUGAAAGCCACAUUGUCGGUGUUACUGGUGAGUUUAAGCGACUAGCUUUCAUGGACUCAGGCGCUGACAGCUGCAUUAUAAAGCCACUGACUCUUGAAAAGCUCGCUGCUGUCUUUCGGUGAUGAACUUUCUGAGUCUAAUUGGUUCGAUCCGAGUCACCUUUUUCUUGCAUUGUUCUUAGUUGUAGAGAUCAUGAACUCCAUGAAUAAAGUUUCGGAGCAGCUAGCAAUUCUAUGAGGAUAAAAUGAAUAUUGUUAGCAUUUCAAGCUGGCAGGCUAGUGUUAAUUGGCUUAAUUGUAGAAGGAAAGGACAGAAGUGGAAGAAAUUCUAGUAUUAGAUUUUGAUGUUCCUGUUCUGAUGUUGAUCAGUCAGCUUGUUAGUGAUUUCAUGUUUAGAUUUGGAUAGUCCUGCCGAAAUGAGCGCAAUGUACAAUCUGAGGAAAAUACAUGAUCCCCUUUCUACUGCAUUUGAAUUUGUUUGCACAGCAUGUGCAAUGUA